UUCAUCUGCACAGAACAAGAAAGGAUGGAGACUGGAAACUGCUCCUCAACAACUGAAUUCCUUCUUUUGGGAAUUACCAAUAACCCUGCAACUGAAGUGGCACUAUUCACUAUAUUUCUCUGUGUGUAUGUCAUCAUUGUUAUUACAAAUCUUGGAAUGAUCACUUUAAUCAAAAUGGACUCCCAGCUUCACACUCCUAUGUACAUUUUCCUCAGCCACCUUUCUUUCUGUGACCUCUGUUAUUCCACAGCAAUAGGACCCAAGAUGCUGGUGGAUCUACUCACCAAAAAUAAACCUAUUCCAUUUGUUGGCUGUGCUCUGCAGUUCUUCAUCUUCUGUAUCUUUGCAGAUGCUGAGUGCUUACUGCUAGCAGUGAUGGCUUUUGACCGGUACAAGGCCAUCAGCAACCCCCUGCUAUAUGCUGUGGACAUGUCCAGCAAGCUGCGCUCCCAGCUCUUGGCUGCAGUUUACCUUGUGGGAAUAACAGAUGCUUGGAUACACACUUCAUUGACAUUCCGCCUAUGUUUCUGUGAGUCUAAUGAAAUCAAUCAUUUCUUCUGCGAUGAGCCUCCUCUUCUGUUGAUCUCUUGCUCUGACACGCGGGCCAAUGAGUUAGCAAUCUUCACAAUUUUUGGUUUCAUUGAACUGAGCACCAUCUCAGGAGUCCUCAUCUCUUAUUGUUACAUCAUCUUAUCAGUGAUCAAGAUCCGCUCUGCUGAGGGCAGGUUCAAAGCUUUCUCCACCUGCGCCUCCCACUUAACUGCAGUGGCGAUUUUUCAAGGAACCAUGCUUUUCAUGUAUUUCCGGCCAAGUUCUUCCUACUCCCUAGAUCAGGACAAAAUGACCUCUCUGUUUUACACUCUUGUGAUCCCCAUGCUCAACCCUCUCAUCUAUAGCCUAAGGAACAAGGACGUGAAAGAGGCCCUAGAAAAACUAAAAAAUAAAAUGUGCUUUUAA